GUUUAGUCUCACACGGAAACGGCGCAAUUGACAACAAAACAGAGAGUAUUUUUUUUUUAUUAUUUGCGCGUAUUUUACUUAUUCCGCCUGUCGACAAAUAUUUCCGAAGUCCCGCAAUAGUUGGUACACAUCGCUGUAAAGGUAUCGCAGCUGCCUCGGCUAGCUAGCAACAACACAAGAUAACACUGCGAGGUAUUUCAAUCCGGCUGUGUGAAGUAACGUUAGCUUGUUAUACAGGAGUUGACAGUUUCCAGUAUGGCCUGCACUUUGGAAAAAGUGUUGGGCGAUGCUCGGACCCUUCUGGAGAGGCUCAAAGAGCACGACACGGCCGCCGAGGGACUGAUAGAGCAGUCCGGGGCCCUCAGCCAGAGAGUGCAGAGCAUGAGAGAGGUGGGAAAUGCUCCCCCAGACAAGCACACAGAAGAUGCUUCAGAGAUUCAGGAGCUGACAAAAUAUAAGCCUCAUGUCCUACUGACUCAGGAAAACACUCAAAUCAAGGAACUACAGCAGGAGAAUAAAGAACUGUGGUUAUCUCUUGAAGAGCACCAGUACGCGCUAGAGUUGAUCAUGGGACGAUAUCGCAAGCAGAUGCUCCAGCUGAUGAUGGCAAAGAAGGAGCUGGACACUAAACCUGUGCUCAGCCUCCACGAGAACCAUGCAAAAGAAGUGCAGAGCCAGGUGGAGCGGAUAUGCGAGAUGGGGCAGGUGAUGAGAAGAGCAGUGCAGGUGGACGAUCAGCAUUACUGCUCAGUAAGAGAGAGGCUCGCACAGCUAGAGAUUGAAAACAAGGAGCUGCGAGACCUCCUGGCCAUCAGCAAGAGCUCAGUGAAGACAGCAACAGAAGAAAGCAACCAGCCAGCAGCAGCAGCAGCAGCAGCAGCACAACAGUCCCCUCAGCCAGGGUCCCCAGAGUGAUCAGACAAAGCUUCAGUGUGAACUGUGGUCGGGGCAACAAGUCCCUCAGAAACCAAGAAACAGGGUAGAUGAUCUCUUUACCCUUCACCACAUUAUUAUUUUCUUUACAUAGGAUGGAAUGCAAUCAAACCACAGCAUUUUUAUUUGUAGCGAAGGCUAUCAGACGCAUUUACCUGCAGGUAUGUCUGAAUGAUAGCACUUGUUUUCACAUGUACAGUAUGUGUGUUAUCACUGCAGUCGUGUUGACGUGAAUUCUGCAUCACCUGACUUUUAAUGAGGCGUCUUGGUCACACGAGCAACAGUGAGAGUUCAGACACAUAUGUACAGGAGUUAAGGCAGUAAAAGCAAAGGGGGGUUAUUUUUUUUUCGGCCAAAGAUACAUUUGCUCUAAGGACACAGUUUCUACCUCUUUGGUGCCCCUUUGCUGUUCACACACACACACACAGACACACACACACACACACUCUCACAAUGUGUAAGAUACUCACUAUCAGCCCUACUAUGAGUUCACUUGAAGUCCAUUAAGAAGCCAACUUGUAGUCUGCACCGUUUGAGGAGACUGUGCUUGAUAAUCACUCUGCCAACAUGAUGACUUUUGGCUGUUUCACACAGUUUGCCUGCUGAGGAGCGACAGUGGAUCAUUUGUAUGUGACUGUCUGUCAUUUAAUGAAUUUGAUACGUUUGUCAGUCUGUUUGUAGAAUUCAUAUAUAACAUGAUUUCCAUGUUUAGUACUUUGAUUCUGUGCGAUCAACACCAGGUUUUGUAGUUUUCAGAUUUGGAUGCAGCAGUGUCCCAGCUGACGGCACGUCUUUAUUUAAUGGUAACAAUUUCAAAACAUGCCAAGUUUUUUUUGUGUAAUGGGUAUCAAAUGUUUGAGCACUGUUAAGUGUCAGAAAUUGUAUAUUGUCAUCUCAGGAAAUCAGUGUUAAUAAGGUGAACAUGCUGUAAUGACUUCAUCACAGUGUACUGAUUUGUGUCAAACAAAAUUUCAUUCAGAAACUUUCAAAUAAA